CCUGUCUACCGGAUUGUUCAGCAGGAAGAAGAACAGCAGGAAGCGUCAGCGAACAGAAAUGGCUACAGGAGUGGAUCAAGCGGUUGGCAUGAGUCUUGUUGUCUUCAGCCUCCUGCUGUUUACAUACUACUCUGUCUGGGUCAUCAUCCUGCCUUUCAUGGACAAUGAACACACGCUGCACAAGUAUUUCCUUCCUCGAGAGUACUCCGUCAUUCUGCCUGGCAUUGCAGCCGUAGUGCUGCUCCUCUGUAUCGGGGCCUUCACUGCAGUCAUCAUGUGGAAGAAUCGCAAGCCAAAGAAAGUGGACUGAGUGACUGCUGUGGAUUCCUGAUGCUGAACCCAGGAUCAAACCUCCAUUCUCUAAUCGGCCCACUGAACAGCUGCUGUUCAUGCUUACACAAUUAUAUUUUUUUAAAGAAAGUUCCUGAUAUUUAUUUAAUGUUUUGGUUGUAUUUCGGUUUGAGUUGAUAAGUAAGCUUUAAAGCUUCUGUGUCCAACCUUUGAAUUUGGCGCCCCCCAGUGGCAAUAUAGAAAGACAGAAUCCAUUCUAUUAAUAACAAAACAAAGAUCGUACCAGUGAAAAGAACUAGUUAUUUUCUUUGUAAAAAAGUUGAUAUUGACUUUACAUUUGCUCAAAGCUCACUGUAGUGUUAGUGGCCAACAGAGGGCAGGAGACGGUGUAAACAGGAAUCAAUUUCAUCAGUCAUAUUUAAUAGACCUGAAGGAUUUAAUGGGGAUCCAUUAGAUAAACCCUCAAAAACAUGACUCCCUCAAUGCAGUUAAACAUGUAACAAGCUCCUGCAGCUGGGGACACUCACUAACCGAGUAACAUUAAGGCGUUAAAUUACCCAUAAUGCACCACUCUCUGAAGGAGCCGGCGUUACACCAGUACUUGCUCCGAUCUAAAAGAAUAUCGAAUGUGAAUACGUAAAUAUGUAUAAUACGACCACCAGUACUAUUUUAUAAUAGGGCCAAUACAGUAAUAAAACAGGGAUAUGGAAGGGAGGGGAAAUAUG